UGGAAAACCAGCGCGAAGAAUCCAAACAAUUGAAUAAUCGCACUCUCUCUCGCGAGCUCGCAGCAGGCCGUGCUGCUGAUGUAGGUUUUCGUGUUUGUGCGGAAAUUCGUUUUUUUUGAAGCUGCGGAAAAUGUGGAUUUUCCCUCGACCCUGUGCGCUUGGCAGUUGCCCGACGUGUUACCAGAAGAGCUGCAAGAGGAUCAUCCAGUAACUUCAAAGUGCAAAGUGUCGGUUGAUUGUGACCAAAAGUUGAAUGGCGAAUAAUGACAAAAGUUUGUUGUUCCUGCUGGACACGUUGCCAGGCGUUUAACGGAUAAAGUGUUAGUUGGUGCAAGAUCUGCUCAUCCCCAUUGGGCUGGGCAUCGUGGACUCGCGGUUUUGCCGCUGGGUCAGCAACGUCUACCGUUGCUCUGCCAAGCACACUGAGGAAAAGCUGCCGCAAGUGGGCUUGGAUGGAAAGUUCCGCCCCUUUGGGCUGGCCAGCCAGCCGCCGAGCCUGGACCUGCAUCCAGAGCGCGCAAAAACCCUUCAACAAGUCGAGCAUCGGUUCCCGAUCACCAACGGCUCCCUCUACACCAGCAUCGAUGGGCGCCUUCCGGUCAUCCACAACUACCGCAGGCACAAAGAGUUCCGAACAGGCACACUGCGGCAGCAGCAGCAAGACCUGCUGAGCUCCAAUGUGGCCUUGCACUCCUCCCACCUCAAGAGGCGGGACCUGGAUGGGGCUGCGCCUCACCAGUACUCCAGCUGCCCCAAUUGCCAGGCGGAUCAGUGCCCCAGCCACUCUGAUCUGCACCAUUUGAUGACGCCCCAGUACGUCCACCGCAAGCUGAGCUUUCUGGACGCCGCUCAGAACAACGUUUUCGCCUCUAAUGGCGAACGCAGGCCGGACGCUGGCCUGGAGAUGCCCACUCAACAAGCCGGCCUUUUCAUGGGCAACAGACGGUUGCAAAACACUCAGAACUCGUUGCAACGCAACCAGAUCCGCAUCGAGACCAACAGGCAGAAGAACCCGGUGACGCAGAAGCGGCUCAGCCAGAGCCAGGAGAGCAUCAACCGUCUGUACGAGUCGAGGAUUGGCGGCAGCAUCUUCUACCAUAAGUCGGAGAUGAACGUGUCGAAGCCCAGCUUCAACCUCAACGCCGACUUGAACCAGCACAUGAUCAGAAACUCUCGGAACCUGUUGCGGUUGAACAAGAUGAGGCUCAGUCGGAGCGAGGACUCGUUGACGGACAUCCAGGUGGAAGCCCCGAUGGUCCCCAGCCAGCCAAAGCCUGCCUACCAGGGCUCCGCCCAGUACUCCUCUGACGACGAGGAGUACUAUUUCCCCAAAGAGUACGACUCGAUGAGCUCGAGCAACUCAAUCACCACUGAGGCCAACUGCGACUUUGAAUUUUUCCAAGCAACGAAGCCCAAAGAAGCGGAAAAGCCCAAGCAUGUCUCCCACACGAAAAUCACCAGAUCCUCCUCCAGGAGAUCGCUGGAAAGCUUCCAGACCUACAUAGAGGAGUCGGGCCUGCAGGCCCCACCAGAGCAGGACGAAAAUCAGCACAUCAGCCGCGUGGUGGUUUUGCACCGAUCCAACUCCUACACCACGCUGGAGGACCGGAAGAAGAACAGGGGCAAAUCAAAUCGGGGGCUCAGUCGCAACGACUCGAAGCUGUCGCAAAAGAAAAUCAAGUCGGUGGAGUAUCUGCCGGGCAACAGUGUGUGCGUGGAGGACGUGAAGAACAAUAACAAUGUGAAUCUGCAGGAUUUCAAAAAGGUUUUCAUCUCGGACUUCAUUUAGACCUGCUCCCUAGCGGGGGGCGUGUACAUAGCAGGAUUAAGAUUUUGAAGAAUAUAAUUAUGUUUCCUUUGA